GGGGGAAAGCAGCCUGCUCCGCAUCUUCGCGCCAGUCUUCUUUCUGCCUCCCGGCGUGGCUGUGCUGCAGUCGCUCUUUGCUACGGAUCAGACCCGCUAAGGAGUAGCAGCAUCGCCGCCACCACCACCACCAUGGCUACCCCCGCGGCGCCCCUUCAUGAUGCCAACAGCCACAUGGACCCCUUCACUUAUGACUAUGACACGUUGCGCAUGGUGGGGCUUACCUUGGCUAUCGUCAUGUUCGUGCUGGGAAUUGUGAUAGCGCUGAGUAAAAAAUUCAGGUGCAAAAAAUCUGACCCCAGCCUCUCAGACCCUCGGUCAGCAGGCAAGACUCCCACUCCAGCCGGCAGUGUGUAGGCGUCGCCGUCAAGAUGUGCUGCUCCCAACUGGCCAGGGGGAUGUACUGCGCCCAGGACAUUUCUCCUGAGACCUUGGCACCUUGGCACCAACUGCCCGGGAGGGGGAGGGGCUCUCCGUUCUAUCCUCGACAAGGGAGGGGCAAUUUUAUAACCAGUUAGCUCUUGCGCUUCCAUUGCAUGAUGGGAGCAGGCACCUGGGCAGGGUUGGGGCACCACACAGCCCAUGCAGUGGCUCGGUCUCUCUUUCUGUCAGUUUCAGCUGACACCCACCCUGCCGGGGGGCUGGUUCCUAUAACCCCAGAAAGAUCUCUUUUACUGCAAUAAUACUGCCUGCUACCACCUUCUGGUAAACAUUCACCCCCCCCGCCCCAAAUGCCCUCUUGCUGCUGGGCAUAAUAAGCUCCCAUCGCUGUUGCUGCUGCUGCUACUGCUGCUUUGCUUUCUCUGCGUCCUGCUUCGCUAUGAAGUCCAAUUACCACCAUAGCUGCAAGGGGAACUGGGACUCUCCAAAGAGCCACUCUGCCCUUGAGCUGGAAACCAGGCCCUUCUUGGGUGGGGUGGGUGGUCACCCGUGGACCCAAAAAUAGGAUCGGCCUGGGAAGCAUAAUUAGCAAGGAAGGGCUUGCUCUCAUGGCAUGCUCUCCACUCCCCCCCCCCCGGGAGGGGGGGCUGUGCACAGCUUCUCCUUGCCAUACCAUCCACAUCUCUGCGUCUCACCCACGCAUGGAGCAAAAUUUGACCAAUUCAAUAAAU